UGAUUUUCAUCCUAUGAAAACGGCUUUCGAACAGUUUAUUUUGAAAAGCUCAACGACAAAAUGAUUUUCAGGUGAAUUUUUAUAUCGAUCACUGUCAUCGUUUUUUUGGUCUAAUUUUUAACUUGUUUGAUGGGAAAUGGAUCUGAACAAGCAGUUGCAACUAAAGCUGAAAAAAGUCCAAAAUAUCCAGCUAUAUCUAAGCCUGAACCAAGUAAAUCAGAAACUACAGGCGCUGAUCCAACGGGAGCAGGAAUGAACCUGGAUGAAGAUACUGCAGUGGAACCAGUAAAACCACCUGGCCUACAUCAGAAAAUCCUUAAGCGUAUAAAAUCGGUGUUUUGGCCAAUACGAUUCGUAUAUGGAAAAUUUAAGAACUUAAAGAAUAAAGUACAAAAUAGAAACAAAAUAGCAAUAAUAACUACAACAUCUGGAACACCUGCAUCAACAAAUAUUAGAGUGAAUUACGGGUCUCACUUUCUGAUCGAUUUUAGUGGUGAUCCAUAUUGGAUAGUGAUUAAUGAUACGAUGACUAAAAUUAAUCAUGAACUUCCAUAGAAGUAGAUCGUUGGAUGGAUUUUCUGUCGAUAAAUUACGAGUAUGUAUAAUCAUGGUUUACUGGAAUUUAUGUGAUUUAUAAUAUGUACGUAGGUACGCGUUCUACAGGAAAUAAACAAUACAUACCUCACUGUACGUUCAGGCCGUUGAGCCGUUCAGCCAUUCGUUGUAUUAUAUCUGCGAAAAAUUGAGUAAUUUUCGGUAUGACAUUACCACCUAUAGGCAGGGGUGGACUGCCACAAUAUUUCAGGCCGGUAAAUUUUUUUAGUCAUGCCUGGUCAGGCACGGAUCCAAAGGUGGGGGGGGGGGCAAGGGGCCAUGCCCCCCCCGUAGACUCACGCUUUAAUGGACUUGCAUUACUUGCAUUUUUAUCAGAUUUAUAGGCUGAAAUUUUAUUUAAGAUGCCCCCCCCCCCCCGUAAAUACGUUCUAGAUCCACGCCUGUGCCUGGUAGAGUUAAUAAAAAAUCAGUUUUUAUUUCUUUUUAAAAAAUCGUAACAAUACUGAUAUUUAAAAAAAUGUACCUGCUUAAACAAAACACAAGUUUCCCUAUACACUCACUUAUCAUUUGACAUUGUAAACGAAUACUAUCUAUCUAUAUCUAUAUCUAUAUCUAUUUAUCUAUCUAUACUUAUUAUAUAAAAUGAUAAGAGUUUUCUUAGACCGCGCUAACCGAGAAAACUACCGAACCGAUUUGGCUGAAAUUUUUUUCUGUUAUACUUGACAGUCUGCUGGAGGUCAUAGGACCACUUUUGUUUAGAAAAAUCCACCAAAAAGUAGGAAAUAUGGAUGUCAAAAAUACAACAGUGGCGCUAUCUGUAUAGGAAAAAAUAAACUAAAUAAUAAAAAGUUGUUAUUGCAGAUUAAUAUAAUAAUAGUUGCUAUUGGUUAAUCGGGCAUGUUUGUUGAUUUGAGUUAUUAUUUUUCGUGAAUUACGUGUACACCAUUUACGAGCAUAAUUUGUGCUUACUUUUUUAUUAUUUUUAUGAGUUAAAUUUCGGGGAAAUGGCUAAUUUAUCAUCAUGCAUUCAUGCCAAGAGCGCCAGAAUGUAUAACACAUCAGAAUGUUCUCAAACACUUGUACAGGAGCAACGUAACGCUUCGAGUAUGAAAUCAGCGUUUAAUUAUCAAACCGAGAUUGAUUAUUUAAAUGUUAAAGUGCUUCAAAUAGGACCAAUGACGAUAUUAUGUCCUAAGUGCCAUGCAAAAAAAUGGAAAGAUGAAAUCAAUGGAUUUUGCUGCGCUGACGCUAGAAAAAUUAAUGUAAUGAUAUGACAAGAAUUUUGUUACCUGUGUAUUAAAUAUGCGGACACUAUACGACACGACGAGGUGAUGUGAAUCCACCUUUACAUUUUCACAUAAAUAAUUCAUACUGUAAAUAAAAAAUAUUAACAAUAUAUAAAAUUAUAAACGCA